UGGAUGUCGUACAAAGGAGUGGAUCGAUGAUGCUCUUUAUUAUAUUUCUCCUUGGUUUUCUACCAGCUCGUGGAGCAAGAGGAAGCGCAUGCAAAACCAUGAAGUUUUCUGAUCGACUGACGGGAAAACAGCUGUACAACCACCCAGAAGCUAAUUUUACUGACGUCACAGAGAAAGAGUGUGGCCUCAAAUGCUACAUGAGUGACACAUGCCAAUCCUACAACUACCAAUCAGCUUCCAGAACAUGUCAAAUCAGCUCGUCCACUCGAUUUCAGCACCAGAAAGAUCUUAAAAACGUCUCAGACGACUUUGUUUACGCGGGAGCUAUGAGUUCAUGUGAUAUCGUAUCAUGCCCAGACGGUCAGAAAUGCAAGGCCGAUUUCAAGACAGGAAACUUCUCUUGCAUAAAAGAACCGAUAAUGAGCUUUGCAACCACGAUGACAACGCCCUUACAAUCAACACCAUCAGCAAUCAUGUCAUCAUCAUCAACACCAUCAUCAUCAUUAUCAUCAUCUUCGUCGUCAACAGCUGAAACACAAGCUGUAUCAGCCACAUCUACGUCUACUACUACAACAACCACUACAGUGUCAGCCAAAGGAUGUGUACUCUACUUUCCAAGCGCGCUCACAUCCAACCUCAUCGACAUCGACAAUGCAAUCACCUUGUGGUUUAGUACCUUCUCCAUUUCUGUGUGGUUGAAAGUCGACCGUACCGCUACCGUCGAUACGCUUAUGGUGUUUUCGUACGCGACGAGUGACAGAGUAGACACUUUGUCCUUUGGAAUCAAGUCAGAUGGAGACGCGAUAAUUACACUGGGAGGCAAAACACAGUCCCUCGCCUCAGGCUUUACACGAGACAAUACCUGGCAGCACAUAUUGGUCAAUUUUGGUAGCAAUCUGGAAAUUUACAAAGACAACCUAAAACGAAGCGAAUUAAACAUUGAGUCUGUCAGUAUCCGUAACGAGGGAAGAUUCAUACUUGGCCAGCUCCAGAAGACAAUUGGAGGAGGAUUUGACGAAACGAAAACAUUCCACGGUUACAUGGGCAGCCUUAACAUCUGGGAUCACGCUAAAGAUUCGUACAAUAUUGCCCUUAUCUAUAACAAUCGUUGUCAAAGUUCUGGAUCUUUCGCCUCACCUCCAAUCAUAAGCUGGGAUACGAUCACGUCAAAGCCUUUGCAUGGAGACAUACAACCCAAGUGCGAUAUGACUUGUAUUUACCUUUGAUUUGACCAUCAUCAGACGUGGUGUCUAUACACCUCUUGAAAACAUCACGUCACGUGAAAUGUAUAUUUUUACCAUUAAGACAUUAAAGCUGCAUUGUCACCAGUUUACUUCCAGAGGUCCGACCGUUAAAAGACAAAAGAAUCUAUUAAAAUCCGAGAUAUUUAACAUACCAUCCGCUCUAAAUUAUCAAUCAC